GUUUCAUCUCUGGAAUGUUACAAAUGUUCGAACAACCACAACAACUGGAUGGACUGUACGAGAGACAAAGUUGAAUGCAAACCUUUUCAAGAUGCAUGCACUUCAUUCGUUUCUUUUCAUAGUAAGUUGUUCAUUUGUUUAGGGGAAAAGUGGCACAACAUAUCAAAAGGCUGUGACACGAUGGAGAGGUGUGAAUAUCGAGCUAACGUCGUCAACCAACCUCUGUGCGAUCGAUCGAGCUACAACGAAUGGGCGUGUGUUGAGUGUUGCACAGGAGACCUUUGUAACUACUUCGUGACUGUUAGUGCAUCUUAA